UCUUGUCUUGGUCUGGUCUCUAGUAUUAAUCUUAUAAAAUAUAUAUGAACAGUUGAUGUCUCUCUUGGUACUCCUAAGUGAUCUGACUUUAUUGUCCUUUUAAUUAGAAAUCUGAUCGAGACUAGAUCACAUCUAGAAAUCUCCUAUUACCCUAUUAACAAUCUUGAAUGUCCAACAUCCACACGAUCGUUUCUAAUUUUAACGGAAUUUUCUCAAGAUUUAUAUAGUGAAUAGAUUUCCUAUUCCUAGGCACGAAGUCUUUUCAUUAAUUAAUUUUCCAUUUUAAAAUCAUUAAUUAAUUAUUCACCAUUUAAUUUAAUAAAUCAUAAUUUGUUUUUAGUAACAAAAAAUCAGAAAAAUGAACAUUCAUGAUUACAAUUCCCGAGUAGAUUACAUAAACAAUGCAAGUCGCCAAUUAGAAAAGAAAUUGUGUGAGGAAAGCAUUAAGCUUCACAAAGGACUACAAGACGAUAUUUAUGGCAAAAAAUCCUAUAAUAGUUACACUACGAGAAGUGAAUCGGCAUAUUCACCAAAACACACACCUAAUCGCUACUACGAAAUCCACAGCAAAGAGGAUCCUUACAAGCCUGUCAAUUUUUGGACUCCGGCACUUAAACUUGUCAAUUUUGAAGGGCCAACAACUCGUUCAAUACCUUUAGACGACGGUAAAAUCGGAGGUUCAAUAACUACGUGGCAGUGGACAAAGGCUAGUGAACGCCAUUUUUAG